AUGGCAUUCCAACCAACCCCGACGGAUGUUUCCGUCAUCAUCACUUCUGCCGGCAACAGCAACCCCAAUGAACCAGGCUUCCUCACAGAACGCCGCAUCACCCCAACGUGGACCGUCAGCCAGCUAAAAGCCAAGCUGGAGACCAUGACCGGUGUGCCCCCAGGUAGUCAGCAACUGCAACUCAAGUCACCGGGCCGCCCAAAUCAAUGGGUUGACGGCGAUGACACGAUUAUUGGGAACUGGGGAUUGAUGAAGGGGAGUGAGAUUGAGGUCCAUGAUACGCGACCUGCGGCUGCGCGGCCGAACUUUACUGAUCUCUCGGCUGUAGACAAGUAUGUGCUGCCGGAGUCGACAUAUGAGACGCUUCCGAACUCGGUAUUGGCGUGGAAGAAGAAUCAGAAGCUGGGGCGGUUUGAUCCUACUGCCGUUCCGCCGGAGGAGGCGAUGCAGAAACAGGCUAAUCGAGACAGGAUAGAUGUCCAAAAAAGAGACAUUGCCGUUUCGAGGCGGGCUAUCUUACUCCCCUCAUCCCCGCCGCAUAUUCGGCGCGGGAUUGUCCGUUUCAUUGGGCCAGUGUCAACGAUUCCCUUCCCGGGUGUGAAUACAGAAGAUGGCGGAGUGGAUCGGGAUUCCCUGCCGAUCUGGGUUGGCAUCGAACUUGAUGAGCCGAUGGGGAAGAACGACGGCAGCGUCGGUGGUAAGCGCUACUUUGAGUGCCCCAACAAAACGGGUGUUUUUGUCAAGCCGGAGAAGGUUGAAGUGGGCGAUUUCCCUCCUCUAGGAUUAGAUGACGACCAUGAAAACGAAUUGAUGGAGGAAAUAUGA